CGUGUGGAAGCCUUUGUUUUUAUCCCUUUAGUUAGUGCGCGUAUAUAGCGAGUAGUUAGCUAUUUAGUCUUUGGCCGAGAUUUGUCGGAAAAGUUGUCGCGUUGUCGUAAAGUUUCCGUCUAUGUAAACAUGCGAUACUUCAAAAUGGGGAGAAGAGUUAAUAUGUGCAAAAUCCAAAUGUUUUUAAUGUAUUAACUUCACACUUUUAGCUAUGGUGUAGAAGUGACAAAUGGCAUCCUUCAGCCGAGAAGCGAUGAACCAUUUGCUGAUGGAGGUGAGCCCUGACAUCCACAUCUGUGGCUUCUGCAAGCAGCAGUACAACAAUUUUGAAGUGUUUCUUGCACACAAGCAGAAUGGCUGUCAGCUUCCUACCACAGACAUCUCAGUCACAAGUACUGGAGCUUCUGAAACUGUGCAAGAGUUUCAUUUGGAGGAGACGUUACAGACUUGUGUGUCAAAGGCAGUGAAGAAGACGGUAAAAACCCAGAAACCUGCCUCCAAGAAGUUGAAACCUGCACUCACUCAAAAGCGUCGCAUUUGCAGCUUCUCAGGUUGUACAUUCAAAACGCAGUACGGCCAAAAGGACAUGGAAAGGCACAUGCUGACUCAUACUGGCGACAGACCAUUUGAGUGUGAGCUGUGUCACAAGCGCUUCAGUCGGCGGGACAAGCUGAACCUGCACAGCCGCUCACACACCGGGGAAAAGCCGCACAAGUGCAAGCACUGCCCGUACGCCGCCGCAGACAGCAGCAGCCUGAAAAAACACCUGCGUGUGCAUUACGACGAGAGGCCCUUCAAGUGCCAGAUCUGUCCAUACGCCAGCCGCAAUUCCAGCCAACUCACUGUGCACCUGCGCUCACACACGGGUGAUGCUCCAUUCCAGUGUGGUGAGUGCGGUGCUAAAUUCAAAAUCAACUCAGACUUGAAGCGUCACACACGUGUGCACUCGGGCGAGAAGCCGUAUGCGUGUGAGCUGUGUGAUUACCGCUGUGCCAUGAAAGCCAACCUGAAGUCACAUGCCCGGCUGCGCCACGGUGCCUACUCCUGCACAGAGUGUGACUUCCGGUGCACAGCCAAGGCAGCACUGCGUGCACACUCCCGGCAGCACGCGCCCGCCCGCCCACUCCGCUGCACCUGCUGCCCGUACUCCUGCACCAGCAAGGGGGCGCUCAAGAGGCACGAGCGUGUGCACUCGGACGAGCGACCGUUCACCUGCCACCGCUGCACCUUCGCCAGCAAGCAGCGUGCCAACCUGCUCGUCCACAUGAGGAAGUGCCACGGUGAGAAAGUUGUCGAGGGGCACAGCAAGCGUUCUAAACGAGGAAAAGCAGAAGAUGAGUCUCCCAGUCCUGCAGGUUCACGGUACCGUGUUAAGCUCGAAGCAGCCCGGGCGUUUCGCUGUAACCUGUGUGAUGCAUCAUUUGUGAGAGAAGAUUCCUUGCGAAGUCAUAAGAGGCAACAUAAUUACAUGGAAAAACAGCUCAGAAUCACAGAGUCACACACUCAGAAUAGUACCGCAAAACAAACAGAUAAAGAGCCAGAGCAGGUUUCACUGACUCUCACAAACGGGUCCGUUCAGUCCUAUGGAAACACGCAGCUGAAGAUUUUUGUUGCACCCCCUUUAGGUCAGGAAGGAUCAUUCAUCCAGGCAGCAGUGGACAUCCCAUCUUCUAAACCUGGAACGGUUCUACUUAGUUCAGAAGGGCAGAAUGUUAUUCUCAACCCUAUAAUACAGCAGGUCAGUCUGUUAACCCCAGUGCAGCAUAUGACCCCACCAGAGGGCAGCCUCGAGCACCAGACUGUCUUACUAACUCACAUCAGUGGCAGUGAUGAAGACCCUCUUCUGCAGAGAAAUGUUUCUUCUCAGGCCCCAAUAGAGCCUCAGACCUUCAUCAGUUCCACUUCAUCUUCAGAAAGCAGCCACGCGUUUAUCACAGCAUGCUCGGACCUCGACAGCCUGCACGCACUCAUCCAGCAGGGUGGCGCUGAGGUCACUGUGGUCACCGAGGGUCACACUUCCAUCACUACAUCCACAACAGCAAACUCGAACUUCGAAUCUCCACUGGACGUUGUUGAAAGACCAGCUUCUGAGGAUGAGAUGAAGCAGUCAGAGGAGGGAAAUCCAGAUCUGGACGAUGCUUUAGUCGUGCCUGAUAUAAACGUUGAGCCAUCUAGCUCCCUUCUUGUGCACAAUGUUACUUUGUCAAUCUCGGAGCAGGAUCAACAGGCUCCCAUCUACCAGCUCUCACCCCAUCAGAUCUUCUCUGACUCUAAUCCUCCAGACAGGAUUGAGGACUGAGCAUGUUUCUGGUUCCUAAUUCCUUUAAUUUGUUUGAUUAUGUUUGUUAAAGAGAUAUUUUUAUACACAUUCAUGGCAUGCUGCUGAUCUAGAGCUCUUGUAAGUAACAUAUAAAGUCGGAUCGUGGAACGUAGAAAUUUUGGAAAGAAAAUUUUUCUAAAGAGUAAAAUUGUUUAAUCUUUACUUUUGUAGUUUUUACUGAUCUGAACUGUCUAAAUAGCUUCAACAGAUACUGGAUAUUCCUGACCAGCAGAUAUGGAUAAAGAUAUAUAAAUAUAUACAAAUAUACUCAGUCUCUGGACAUUUUAAUAGAAACACCUACAGACCUGCUCAUUUAUACUAUUAUCCAAUCGACAAAUCAUUUGGCUGCAUGCAGAUUAAAAGUAUUCACGGCAGACAUCGGAAUGGGAUGUACGUCUGGUCUUUGUCCAGUAUUGAACAGUCCAGAUUUCUUAAGUCUGUGCCCACUAUAGCCUCAGAUUCCUGUUCUUGGCUGACAGAAGUGGAACCUGAUCUUUUGGUCUUCUGCUGUUGAAGCACAUCCACCUUGAGAUUUAAUGUCCAGCUCCAACUAUUCUGGACAUUCUCCACAUCUACCCACAGAACUGCUGGAUUUUUUACAUUUUUCAUUGUUUCUCCCACCAGUAUGUGUAAUGUCUAUAGACUGUUGUGUAUGAAAAUCACAGUAGAUCAGCACUUUUUGUACUAAUCAAACCACUCCUUUUGGCACCAGCUACCAAGAUCACUUUUUUUCUACUGUAAUAUUUGAUGUGAACAUUAGAGGAAGCUCUUGAUAUGGUGCAGUGUCUGCAUAGUGCUGAUACCACAUGAUUAUCUGAUUUAAUAAUUACAUGAAUGAGCAGGUGUAAAAAUGUUCCUGUUAAAGUGGCUAGUGAGGGUACAUUACAAUCAUACACAUUAUACGUAUAAAAAAAAAACCCCGAAGAAUUCUUAAAGAUGAAUGUUAUGGUUGCAUUUUUAACAUUAACAUAGACACAUAGGAUAUACUCACAGUCAAUUAUGUUAGCAUGACUAAGCGAAGUCUCCAGUGGUAGCUUAGUUGUCCACUCAGCUGCCACUGCUAGGCCCUUGAGCAAGGCCCUUAACCCUCACUUACUCGGUUGUAUAAAAUGAGGCAAAAUGUGCCAAAUUCCAGAUAUGAUGAUUAACUCCACAGGAAACAAGAUGUAUGGAUUUGCACAGACACUGAGGAUGAGGAUAAAGUAAGCCUGCGAUAUGAUAUUCCUACCUGUAUAUCUUUCUCUGUGAGUCCUCUGUGAGACCAAGGUGGUACAGAUCAGUGAUGAUGGUUUGUCCUGUGACAGAGGUGGGUUUCUAGGGGGUCAGUUGUUUUGAGUUUCUUUACUUUUCUUUCUCGUGAAGCUGAUUGAUCUGUCUUCAGUAGUUAAUUAAGGUUCGGUAUUCUGAGGUGAUGUUUUUUUCCUUACUGGGCACGGCUAUAAUCAGUACAACGUGUAGUGAAAUGCUUUUUAGCCUGCCUUCGUUAGAAAAAUAGGAUUACAAUAAAAAAUAUAAAAAAUAUAUAUAUAGUAAUGCAGAUCAGUGGCAAAAACAGCAUGAAUUAUGUGCAAAUUUAGUAGAAUAUAUGCUGUGCAAUUUCAGGUUGAGGUAGAGACUGACAUCCAAAAAAGUCCUAACUCUAAGUGUUGUUCAGGUUGAGGCACUGAAUGUCUUACAGGAAGAAGCUCCUCCUCAUUCUCUCAGUGUCUGACUUGUGGGAGAAAAAGGAGUCCAUUGUUUGGCAGAAGUUAAUGCCGUCUGAAGUGUUUCUAGACCAGUUCAGUCGACACAUUUGACACAUGUCAGAUCAAGAACCUGUAUGAUCUGACCAGCUCCUAUUUGAUAAACACUGAAAUACAUUAAUCAGGGAUGUAAUCCAGGACUGGCUGCUUCAUCUUAGAGACAUUCAGGACAAGUUGUUUUUUUUUUUUCGUUUACAGCUUUAGGUUACUGAGCAGUCAACAGGAGCAGCAUCAAUUCAAUUCAAUGUAUUUUUACAAUGGACAUUGUCUCAAAGCCCCUUUACAAAAGUAGAGAAACAGAUCCCUUUAUCCCUAAAUUUAUCUCUAUUUUAUCCCUAAUGAGCAAGUCUGUGGCGACGGUGGCAAGGAAAAGCCUCCUGUGAUGAUAUGAGGAAGAAACCUCGAGAGGAACCAGGCUCAGAAGGAAACCCAUCUUCAUUUGGGUGACACUGGACAGUAAAUAAUGUAACCAUAACUAAAUAAAUCAGGUAAAACCUGGGCUGACGAUCUGUAAAUGUUUGUAUCUAGGUGCAAUCUUUG